AUGGACGAACCGCGUAAGCUGUCCAGACGUUCGCAAUCAUUAGGUAGCGCAAUGAGCGGCGAGUGGACAGCCAUGGCGCAGGGUCCGCCGAACGCGGAGCCAACCGCGCCGACUGGGCUCCGCCAUCGCUCCCUUUCCGCAAGCUCUCGCGGCUUUCCAGCCAUUCGAAUCGUCAUCCCCGCUGACGAGGACAACAACGCAUGCGACGACACGCGGUGCGACGACACUCCGCGCGACGACACGCCGUGCGACGACCCGUGCGACCGAGCGAGCCAUGAUGCCGCGACGCGGCCGCUCUCCGUGCAAGCCUCUCCCUUUCCCAUGCCACGUGGCAACUCCAUAGAGGUUGACCGCAUGUGGGAGGUCCACGCGUCGCCGUCCGAUUCAAAAACGACCAAUGAAACGACAAGUCGCGCUGGGAGAAGGGAGAAGAGCAAAGCGCGGAAUGCGGAAGGAGCGGGCCCGUCCGCCCGCGCGCCGAAACUGUCUCCGCUGGGUUCUGCCAGCGGGUUUGCGCGCAUGCUGCUGCAGUGGGCGCCGUCGUCAGCGCGCAACAGCCUCCGCAAGAAACGCGGCGAUUCUGCGACCUUCGGCUUUCCGGCGCCCCGGUCCCAAAGCGUUGUCCAAUCAUCGCAAAGCCAGCGCGUUGCUGACGUCAGCUCGGAGCUGAACCGUGACACGUCAGCUCGCGCGUCGGAGUCAGGUAUCGCGGCAGCAUCCGCGCGGGAACGCGCGGGACUUUCCGCGGUUCGUCCGGGGGAUGCGACGGCAGAGGAAUCGUCGCGCGGGUUUUCCGCCCGUCCGCGCACGGCGCCAAGCGGAAUCUUCAGCCGUUGGCGCUCCGCCGCGCCGCUUUCCCGCCCGAAAUCUCCGCUGUUCGGCCUGACGUACAUGGGUGCAUCCGCGCGACGGGGAGUAAGCGGCGCGUUGCCCGAAGGAAACGAGCUGUGCGAAUUUGGCGAUACAGCGGCGUCGGCGGACACGAAUAACGGAGCAGCUUACAACGGAGACAGGCUCCGCUCUAUAUUUGAACAGGGGACGAGCUUUUCGGCGGCUAGUGAACGGCCGUGGAGCAGCGGAGGGUGGGGCGUGGCGGAAGGGGCGGGGGAAAGCGUUUCGGAGCGCGGAGAUGCGGAGAGGGAGGAUAUAGAGCGGCGCGUUUCGUACAGUAGCAGCAUUGCUGGUGCGGCUGGUAGUGUGGUUAGCAGCAGCACUGCGGCUUAUACUGAAGGUGCUUAUAGCGAGUCGCUGAUCAUCCAGCACACGGAUCGUGACACGGAUUGCGAGAGUGUGACGUCAGCAUCUAGCUGCAGCGGGUACGACGCACUUGCGUGGGGGGGGAGCGCGCCGAUGGGCGGAGGAAAUGCGCCAAUGGGCGGAGGGAAUGCGGUGAUCGGCGGAGAAAAUGCGCGGCUGGGGGAAACUCUUGCUGAUGGGGGCGGCGGAGACUUCGCGACCCUCUGGCGGAGCCUCCCCCGCGAUCUGCGGCGCACGCGGUCGCUGCACAGCCCGCGGGAAAGCGAACAGGGGUUUCCCGGGGGGAAUGCGGGGGGAGGUUUUGGGGGGGAAACGAGGGGGAAUGGUGGACACGUAACGACUGGUAGCAUGCGACGUGUGGGUAGUCUAGAGAUGCUACCACCUGUAGCGCAUGAAACAUUUGUAGCAGCUGUAGCAGGGGCAGCAGGUGUAGCAGGGGCAGCUAGCGCAGGCCCGUUUACCCCCUCCGCGCACGCCCCCGCGGAUCUACCCCCCCCGUCCCCGCGGUCUGCUGGCGGCGCCGCGUGGGUGGUGAGCGUGCCGUCCUUCGCGCAGCACCGCCUGCGCGUCGCGUCCGCGGAGAGGGCCGCACGCGGAGGGGGCGAGGGGCGGGGAGGGGGCGAGGGGCGCGGGGGAGACCCACACUCACAGGACCAGCAGCUGCUGCAGGAGGAAGAGCAGGAAUGGCAGGUUCGGCAGCAGGGUUGGGAGCAGGAGCGGCAGCAGGAGAGGCAGCUGUUGCCUAGGGCGCACAGGCGGACACGCAGCCUUCAUGCAGGCGACAUGGAGAAGGUCCGGCUGGAGCACCCAACCGUGCCGUACCUAACCGUGCUGCACUCACAAGAGCAGCAGCAGCAGCAGCAGCAGCAGCAGCAGCAGCAGCAGCAGCAGCAGCAGCAGCAGCAGCAGCAGCAGCAGCAGCAACAGCAGCUGUUGAGAGCGCACAGGCGGACGCGCAGCCUGCAUGCGGGCGACAUGGAGUGGAUGAGACUGGAGCAGAUCGGCGAGUUCACCAUCCCCUCGUUGCAGCAGCAGAGCGGGGAGGAUUCUGUGCUCUCUCACGCCCACUCAUCGCCGUCCAUGCGCCUCCUCUCCUCCUCCCCAUCCGAGCCUUUCCUCUCGCCCUCGCUCCACCCUCCCCUCUGCUUGCGGCGCUCCCCCCGCUCGUCUCGCCUGCUUCCCGUUUCUCCCAGAGCCGCUGCUGCUCGACAACCCUCGGUGCCGCAACCAACCGCGCCGCACCCAACUGCGCUGCACCUAGCCGUGCCGCACCCACAGGACCAGCAGCAGCAGCCGCAGCGGCUGCUGCCGAGGUCUCACAGGAGGACGCGCAGCCUGCAUUCAGGGGACGUGGAAUGGAUGAGACUGGAGCAGAUUGAUGAGUUCAACAUCCCCUCCUUCCACCACUACUCGCCCUUCCCUCUCCACCACUCGCCUUCCCCUCUCCAUCACGCCCUCCCUUCCCCGUCCGCGCCCCUCCUUCCCCCCUCCCCAUCCGCGCUCCGCCGCUCCCCCUCGCUGCAAUCACGCCUCCGCUCGCCCCGCUCGCCCCACCUGCCUCCCUUUUCUCCCAGAGUAGCUGCUGGAAGAACGACACUGCCGCUCUCAACCGCACAGCACCCAACCGCGCCGAACCCAUCAGCACACUCGAGAUUCCCCAAAUCACAGAGCUUCAAUUCGUCUUCCCCUAUCUCUUCCAUUCGCGCAUCCGUUUGCGUUUUGGUUCCACCUAUGCCGCAUCGGCCGCCCAUGCGUUCGCCAUCCAGCAAGGGACCCAGCAGGAGCACUCUUUUACUUCUAGAGGCGCCUCAUAAACCCGCCAUGUGUUCCCCAUCCGGCAAGGGACCUGGUAGAAGCUCUUGCAGCAGCUUUGAGUUGCCGCUGCCCAAGGGAGGGCACUCACUUAACGGAUUUGCGGGUAACACUGCCUUUGGGACGCCUGAAACUGCACCAGCUGCCUAUGGGACGGAGGCUAAUUCUGGAGGAGGGGAAGAGGGUGGGUUUAGGGGUGCCACUGCCGGUUCUGCACCUCCCAGUUCCCCGCAGGCGGUUACUGCACCUCCAGUUGUGGUAUCAGCCCCAGGAGGGGUUGUGUCAGCAGCACCGUUACCACCGGUUGUAACUUGGAGUCCAGAGGCGGUAGCAGCACCUGUACGCGUGGCGUCACGCGAUUGGGUAGAGGAUUCGUAUUGCUUCCUGAAGGAUGAGGAUGGGGUUGUGGGAUGA